AUCCGUCACGCUUCACUAAAUUUCUAAUAUUAAAAGCUACCCCUAUCUUCAAUUUCAUUUAUAUAUACAUAUAUAGAUAUAUAGAGAGAGGAAGAGAGGAGCAACCAUGGCUUUCUCAACAGUGGUAUCGUCUUCCCAACUCUACCUCCCGAAAAGGGGUCCAAUUUUACGACGAACGAUUCGAUGUUCAUCUUCAUCAGUUUCGAGUCUUUCGACAACCCAAUUCGAUCUUCGUACUUACUGGACGACUUUGAUUGCAGAGAUCAAUCAGAAGCUUGAUGAAGCAAUACCAAUUCAGUACCCACAACAGAUCUACGAGGCCAUGCGUUACUCCGUUCUCGCCAAAGGUGCCAAGCGGGCCCCACCGGUCAUGUGCGUCGCCGCCUGCGAGCUCUUCGGCGGCAACCGCCUCGCCGCAUUCCCCACCGCCUGUGCCCUAGAAAUGGUUCAUGCGGCUUCACUGAUACACGACGACCUGCCAUGCAUGGACGACGACCCAUCACGGCGAGGCCAACCCUCCAACCACACAAUGUUCGGCGUCGACAUGGCGAUUCUCGCCGGUGACGCUUUAUUCCCGCUCGGCUUCCGUCACAUCGUCUCUCAGACGCCCCCUGACCUCGUCCCCGAACCCCGUGUUCUCCGCAUCAUUGCCGAGAUUGCCCGAGCCGUGGGGUCCACCGGCAUGGCCGCCGGCCAGUUCCUCGACCUCGAGGGUGGGCCCAAUUCCGUCGAAUUCGUCCAAGAAAAGAAGUUUGGUGAGAUGGGUCAGUGCUCCGCCGUAUGCGGCGGUCUGUUGGCUGGUGCCGGAGACGAUGAGAUCCAACGGCUGAGAAGGUACGGGCGGUCUGUUGGGGUUCUGUAUCAGGUGGUUGAUGAUUUACUGGAAGAGAAAAUGAAGAUUGAGAGAGAAGAGAAAGAUGAGGAGAAGAGAAAGAAGGGAAAGAGCUAUGUGAAAGUGUAUGGCGUGGAAAAGGCAAUGGAAGUUGCUGAGGAUCUUAGAGCACAGGCUAAGAGAGAGUUGGAUGGUUUUGAGAAGUAUGGUGAGAGGGUGCUCCCACUCUACAGCUUUGUAGAUUAUGCUGCUGAUAGAGGCUUUGGUGUUGGUGAUCAAGUCUGAUUGAUGCAUUCUAGGUCGUUUGAUUUUAGUGUUUUUAUUUUUUUGAUAAUUGAAACUUCAAGCGAGUGUGGCCUAAGUCUUCAAAUCUCAACCUCAAUUUGGAGAGGUGAAGGUUUAGGUAUUAUGCCUCUUUAGCAAAGCAAAGUUAUGAGAUUGCAAUGGUAAUUGAUUCUGUGUAA